UUUUUGCAGGGUUUGUAAACUGCACAAUAAGAUUGAACCAGUUCCAAUUUCUGUGUACUAGAUCCAACAUCCUUGUUCUAUAGAAGAAAAUUGAUACAACUCUGUGCUAUCUGUAGUUCUGCUGGCAAAAAAAUUAAAUGGAGUGGCUAGUAAUCAUCAUUACAUUGGUUGUGCUGUGGGUGGCUUCACUCUUUAAAAUUCUCCACGAAUCUCUCUCUGCCUCACAAGCUGCAGUUUUAAAUGAUGGUAUGGGUGGAGUUUUUCGCAAGAGAAAUGUCUUAUUGGUUAUUGCCCAUCCUGAUGAUGAGUCUAUGUUCUUUACUCCAACCCUUAAUUAUUUGUCUUCGAGAGGAUGUAAUUUACACAUAUUAUGCAUGUCAACAGGUAAUGCAGAUGGUAUGGGCAGUGUCAGAAAAGAAGAACUUUAUUUAGCCUCGAUUGUGCUUAAGGUUCCACAAAAGCAAGUGAAAGUCCUUGAUCAUCCAGAUCUACAGGAUGGUUUUGGCAAAUCAUGGAACUCUAAGUUAUUGUCAAAGAUUAUCAAGGAGGAAAUUGUCAAUUGUGCAAUUGAUUUGGUCAUAACUUUUGAUAAUUAUGGAGUCUCAGGUCACUGUAACCAUCAAGAUGUUCAUCAAGGUGUACGAAAACUAUUGCAAGAUACUUCACAUAAAGAAGUUGAAGCCUGGGAGCUUGUUAGCACUAACAUAUUGCGCAAGUACAGUGGACCAGUUGACAUAUGGCUGUCCCUUCUAUCUGCUAAGUUCCAUUUAAGCGGAGUAAGGCAUUGCUUGCUAAAUGAACAUCCCAGAAGGAGCUUAGCUGCAAUGGCUCAGCACAAGAGUCAGUGGGUUUGGUUUCGCAAGCUAUUUGUUUCUUUCUCAAGUUACACAUAUGUUAACUGCCUUAAGAAGAUCAAUUAGAUACAUAUAAGGUUAUUGGUUCCUCAAGACACUUGACCAACUUGAUGUUGGUUCAGCAAUGAGAACAGUAGGUAAAAUCACUGAGUCGAUCAGUUCCGCAUCUCUGAAGCUUUAGAAAGUGAAGGCAGUGUUAGAAUUAUUGGUAAUUGCAGAAAUAGUUGGU